UAUAUAAACAAAUUGUGUUUGAAAUACGGACAAGAAUAAUAUUUAAGAAACAAUAAUUAAUGAUGAGAAAUUCCUAUGGAAGCAAUAUAUGUGCGUGGAAUUAAUGAAUAACUCGUAAGAAAUAAGUUUCGUGGAAGAACAAAAUUAAUGAAAAAAGCUCAUCAUCAGCUAACUUGUUUUGCAUCGUCAUGCUCUUGCCGAGACCAGUUAAACAAUAUUAUUUCCAUCUAAUAGUUUUCGUUUUUGUAUUACUUUUACCGAAAUCGUUUGCAUCAGUUAAACAUGGAAAAUAUCAUGCCCAUGAUAGCCGUAAUGUACCGUGUCCCUUUUAUCAGACGGUGAAUAUAACGGAUGAUAUACGAUUGGCGAACGGUUCCGUUAUACAUGAUGACGUAGUGAUACCGCCGAAUUGGAUUGGAGUUUAUGAUUAUGUUUUUGCAAAUCUGCAGACACGCGUGCCGGUCUCACCCCAUCUAAGAGGAUGCAUAUGUAAAGUACGACCAUGCAUAAAUCUAUGCUGCCCGAUGGGUUCGCAAUUUUGGAGUAACACGUCACAAUGUGAAGCAAUCGAUAAUGAUUUUUUAUGGCCGACCACGUUAAAUGUUACACAGGCCGACGGGACUAUACAGGAAAAUUUAAUAGCCGAACAAUUUGCUGUCGUCAAUUUUCGCCCUUGUUUGUGGAUGUAUGUCAUAAGGCCAGAAUUGGAUGUCGAAGAUGAAUGGCAUCUAUGUGAAAAUGGUUCGUUGGUGCGUGAAUUUGAUCAGGCCAUCUUGGAUAUUAAAAACUAUUGUUUUGUACCGACAACCAUAAAUAAUAGAACGGACUCCACUUAUAUUUUAAAUCCGGCCAUAUGCGUAGACGUCGCUUCCGACUUCUACGGAUCAAAAGUAAUCAACGCCUAUACCAUGCUCUUCUCCGUACCAUUUAUGGUAUUGACUAUUGUCGUGUAUUUAUGGAUACCAGAGUUGCGUAACCAACAUGGAAAGUCUUUAGUUUGUUACCUAUUGGGCUUAUCUGUGGGUUAUUCGUUGUUAUCGUUCAAUACGUUACUAAUGGAUCCAAAUAUUGACAUCAUUUUAUGUAAAUUAUCAGCUUAUACUACCUAUUAUGCCUUUGUGGCUGCCUUCUUUUGGUUACACGUUAUAGGAUUUGAUUUGUGGCAUAAUUUUCGGGGUUCGCGAGGCAUUAAUCGUUUCCAGGAAAAGCGCAGAUAUUUAUUAUAUUCUUUAUAUGCUUGGGGCAUGGCUUUAGUAUUUUUAAUAUUAACCUUUUAUGCCGAAGAAAUAUCCGAUAUACCUGCCUAUUUAAAACCCGGUAUCGGUAUCGAAUAUUGCUUUUUAAAUAUGCUCAGUUGGUCUCCGAUGAUUUAUUUCUUCGGUCCCAUUAUCGUUAUAGUUUUCACUAAUAUCAUCAUGUUCAUAAUGACUGCUAUCAAAAUUCAUAAAGUACAAAAGGAAAUGUCAAAAAUAAUGGCACGCGAAGAUAGCACUAAAAACUUACGUAAUGAGAAGGAUCGAUUUUGCUUAUUUUUACGAUUAUUUUUGGUAAUGGGCGUGACCUGGACUUGGGAAAUAAUGUCGUAUUUUGUUGGAUCAAAAGUAUCCUGGUCAAAGAUAUUUUACGUAGGCGAUGUUUGCAAUGCUAUCCAAGGUUUCAUUAUAUUCAUGCUAUUCGUCAUGAAGAAAAAGGUCAAAGAAUUAAUAACAAAUAGAACGUUAAGUGUACGAAGUUUUCGUUACACUAACAGUACUACGCUCGGUGAUACAGACUAUCGUCUUCGUUUUCAGGAAGUUUCGAUGCAAAUUAGACGAAUGAUUAUUGUGCAAAGUGCCUUUGCUAACAAUAAUCAAAAUUAUCAUUCUCAUGAUGUUUAAAUUUUGGGAAAAACAUUCUAGGAUAUUAACGGAAAAAUUGCUGGUUAAAAAAAAAAAAAAAACAAAAAAAAUUCCGUUUGUAUAUCGAUGUUGUUGCAUGCUUCGGAAUCUCCUUUAUUGCUCAUAUAAAUGCAAUGCUUGUCGACCUUAUAUACUUAAUUAUGAAAGCACUACCAAAACACUAAGGCUGCAGGCUGCCUAUCAAAUCUCACCUUGCCUUCCCGUAAGACAAGUAUUAGAUCUCAGCAACAAUUAGUCAGGCCAUCAGUUAAGUGUUAAGAACUAUUGUAAGCAAUGCUUCCUCCUAGUGAACCUCAAGAUCAAUAUUUACAUGAUCCCUUUCAUAAUCAACAACAUUUACCCGGGCAAUUAACUUAUGCCAAUCGUUAACUUAAUUAGCGAAGCACUUUUUACAGCCAAUCUUAUAAAAUCGCAAUAAGUUAUUAAUUUGACCUUUGCACCAAUGAUUUCAGUUUUGCAUCGCCAAUAACGUUGUGCUUGAAUCUUUCUUCUAUCUAACAACAACAAAGUAAAAUGACUUCCUUCGAAAUAAGACGAAACAUUUAUCAAAAUAUAUCGAAACUUGGGCCAAAAUAUUAUCUGCGAACCGAUUCAUUAGUUAUUUUGCAAAGAGAUAUUUUUCCAAUAAUUUAGUUGAAGAUCCUGCAAUGCCAUAACGCGUUUUAAACUUCUCAAUGUUUUCCUUAUUAGAUGCCAUUAGACAUUAGAGAUCAAAGUAAGUCUUCAAGUAAUCUUCAAGCGAUCUUUUUUCAAUAUUUUGUUACAUUGUUAUAAGCUAUCCUCCUAACAAACUAUCAAACCAACACUUUCAGAGUGAUAGAAAGGGGAUAACACGAGGCAAAUUCUUGAUGAAAACAAUCGAAAACAAUCAGCAUAAGCUAUUAUGCUUUCUAAGGCAUUGAAAAUAUCUGUAAAGAGU